UCACACACUUACAGAGAAAGAAAUCUCCAUGGCCAACAUUCUCAGCUUCCACACAUUUCACUUAUUUCUUUUUCUCAUCCUUAUCUUCUUCCAAACACUCAUUGAAGGCACCGCCAAUAACAGCUCCUUCACAAUCCAAUUAAUUCGCAGAAGAAGCUCACCUUCUUCUUCUUCUUCUUUCUCCUCUUUCUUCACUUCCUUCCUCACCAAUCCUUCCUCCAAAGUCACAUCCAACAAUGGCGACUACCUCAUGAAACUCUCCCUCGGAACCCCUCCGGUCGACCUCUACGGCUUAGCUGACACCGGAAGUGACCUUAUCUGGACACAAUGCCUCCCCUGUGACAACUGUUAUCCCCAGAAAGCUCCUAUGUUUGACCCCACAACAUCUCAAACCUUUAAGCCUAUUCCAUGUGGUUCAGAGCCAUGCGGUUGGAUGUACGGCUCAUCGUGUUCUUCGCCGGAGAAUUCGUGCAUGUACAGCUACGAGUACGCGGACUCGUCGGUGAGUAAAGGGGUUCUAGCAGAAGAGAAAUUCAGGUUUGGUGGUGAUGACAAUGGUGGUGGUGUUGAGAGUGAGAUUGUGUUUGGGUGUGGACAUGAAGAUUCAGGGACGUUUAAUGAGAAUGAUAUGGGAGUUAUUGGGUUGGGUGGUGGACCUCUGUCACUUGUUUCACAGAUUGGAGCUACUUUUGGAGGAAGACGACGAUUCUCUCAGUGCUUGGUUCCCUUUCACACUGAUCCUAAUAUUGCAGGAACACUAACAUUUGGAGAAGACAGUGAAGUUACUGGAGAAGGAGUGGUGACAACCCCAUUGAUAUCUCAAGAUGGCGAAACUUCAUACAAAGUAGCACUAAAUGGCAUAAGUAUUGGUGACACUUUUGUGCCAUUCAACACACCAGAAUCUGAAUCAUCUCAAUUGAACAUAAUAAUUGAUUCAGGCACACCAGCAACAUACUUGCCUCAAGAUUUUUAUGACCAAUUGGUUCAAGAAUUGAAGGGACAAAGCAAUUUGGUACCCAUUGAGGAUGAUCCAGAUCUGGGGUCACAACUUUGUUACAAGUCUGAUACAAAUGUUGAAGGGCCAAUAAUCACUGCUCAUUUUGAUACUGAUGCAAAUGUUCCAUUGAUGCCUAUUCAAACCUUCAUCCCUCCAAAAGACGGAGUCUUUUGCUUUGCCAUGGCUCCUUCUAGUGAUGGACUCUUCAUAUUUGGGAAUUUCGCUCAGUCUAAUCUCUUGAUUGGCUUUGAUCUCGACAACAAGGUUGUGUCCUUCAAGCCCACAGAUUGCACCAAUCAAUAGAUACAAUAAUAUCAGCAAUAAGUCUUAUUUUUACUAAGUAGAGUCAGCUACAUAGACAGAUUGCACGACACUAUCGAGUCCUAUUCAAAACCAACUCUUGUCUUAUACUAGGUUUCUUUUUCUAAUCUAUUAAGGUGCUUUCAUUGUUGUUGUUAAUUUUAGUGAUAGGAGAAGAUAGUUAAAGGAAAAAAAAAAGAAAAAAACAGAGAGAGAGCGGAUGAAACACAUAUUAUACACCUCUUUCUCCUUACUACUUACUUUAGUCAUUGGAUUGACAAGUAGCGAAUAAUUUUUACAGAUACCCAUUUUAUUUCAUUAUAUAUAUAUAUAUAUAUAUAGUAUGCACUUUAUA